GUAGGUCUUUCCACUACCGGUAGAGUGAGCGUGAUCUGCCAAGAAGAACAAGAGAGAAAGCAGAAGUGUCGAUAGCGCCUAAUCAAUUGCAGUUUGGCAUUUAACGACACAGAACUACUGCCGAGAAAAGUAAACCAUCGCGUUCGAGAUUUGUUUAAGUCAAUCGACUCGUGAACGUGACUGACGAUGGCUGUGAACGUGUACUCGACCUCAGUGACCAGUGAAAACCUAAGUCGUCAUGACAUGCUGGUAUGGAUCAAUGAAUCUCUACAGAUGAACCUCACCAAGAUUGAAAUGUUGUGUUCAGGUGCCGUCUACUGCCAGUUCAUGGACAUGCUGUUUCUCAACUCUAUGCCCCUCAAGAAAGUAAAAUUUGGUGCCAAGCUGGAGCAUGAGUACAUCCACAACUUCAAGCUUCUGCAAGUUUCCUUCAAAAAGCUGGGAGUAGACAAAAUCAUUCCAGUGGACAAACUGGUUAAGGGGAAGUUCCAGGACAACUUUGAGUUUGUUCAGUGGUUUAAGAAGUUCUUUGACGCCAACUAUGAUGGGAAUGAGUAUGAUCCCGUGGCAGCAAGACAGGGCCAAGACGCCAUGCCCACACCCACCCAAGCCACAUCAGCUCUCAACAAACCCCCUAAGAAGGCCUUAAAUCAAGCCCCACAGAGGCCACCCGUCGCCAAGGUGGCACCCAAGUUAGCUCCCGUCAGUGCAAAAAAGUCAGGAUCGGGAGGAGUCGAUGAGGAGCGUGCAGAGCUUCUGACCGAGCUUGAUUCCCUGAAAUCAACCAUUCAUGACAUGGAGAAGGAGAGAGACUUUUAUUUUGGUAAGCUGCGGAACAUUGAGCUGAUCUGCCAGGAGAAGGAAGAAGAGGGCGACCCCACACUGCUGAAGAUCAUGGAUAUCCUCUACGCCACAGACGUCAAAGGCUAGGGAGGAUAUGGUUAUCCAGGAGGGUUUUGUCAUACCUGAUGCUGAUGAGCCGCCGCAGGAAGAGGAGUUUUAGUAUUCAAGACUGCGCGCUACUGGUCUGCAAACAAGAUCUGUCCUCAAGCCAAGGCUGCCAGUUUGGUUUCAUAUCUGACACCAAACUUGAUCUUGAUUGGUGUCCCCUUUCCCACCAACAACUUCCCUGAAUCUGAAUCCCAACCUGCUGGACUUCUUCCUCCUCGGACUGCUUCCCUGAAACACCUUUUUACCAAUAAUCAACAACAAUCCAGCCAUGGUCACUGCCGCUACUUCCUACACACCUACCAGUCUGUUAGAGUCCCAGUCCCUACCCUCAAUUCCAACCUUCCCAAAACCAGACAGUUGCGGUAUAUAUCUGGUUUUGGUGAAAGAAUUCAGUGUGGAAAAAAACAGUAAUGUUCUGUGCGUGUGUAUGUAUGUGUGUGUGUGUGAAUGUGUGUAUGCAUGUGUGUGGUUGUAUGUGUUAAAAUUUAAAACAAAUCAAACAUGACAAACCUCUGAAAACCCGGCUGUUUGGUUCACAGACCACUUUGUCCCCCGGCUAACCUUGGCAGUUUGGUGCGUGUUGGGCACUGCAAACAGCUCUGUGCCCCACACAAUCCCGGCCAAAGGGUUACAUUUCAAACCAACUAAAUCUUUUUCACCUGUCUCCAGUUUGAAAUAGUAAAAAUACUGUGUGAACCACAUUGACAGAUAUGAAGGAAAAAGCAGCUGAAGGGUCAGGGUUUCGCUCUGGGAUAAGGCAACAGUCGGGUCUUCGCUUGGCCUUUUGACUAACUGUCUCCACCAAGGACACCAUCUUCACUUUAUCCUGUCCAGCUUCAGAAGCGCUUUUGUAAAUUCAUGCUACUGUUUUAUUCCUUUUUUCCUCCCACUCCCCAUUUUUUUUGUUUUCCCUUCUAUGUUUUAAAAACCUUUUGGGCACCUGUCUGUCAUGUUUUCACCUCUUUAUAUAUUUGUUUUCUCUUCAGUUUUUCUCACGUUAACAUGGUCACUCUUUUCUCCCUUUGCUGUCAACUCUCAGCAUCAGUGUUCUCCCACUUGAACGUGGUACUCGCAUGUCAUGCUCUAUAAAUGUGAGUUUCUUGAAACCAGGAAAGUGGCUUACUCUUCCAGUUGACGUGAGACGAAGCGUCUGAAGUUUUGCAGACGGCAGCCUUUUUGAUCAACACACCAGUCUUUCAUAAAAAGAAAAAAAAAUCUUAAGUUUGAGACUGCAUGAUAGUUUUUCUAUGUAUUUGUCUUUUUGGGAAAAGUCUGUAUUAAGGCAGAUGCACUGUUUUAUACCAGUGGCCUUCAAUCAGCCCCGAGACAAAAAAAAUACAUUACACUGUGAUGUCGGACUGUGGUUGAUCAGUGUAGCCAGUCAUGGUCGACAACAUCUAAAAUCUACUUCGAGUGAAGCUGUGGAAGCGGCUCGUGUCCCUCGUUGAAGCUUUUUUUUUUCACCAGGAAGAAACUGUUUUUCCUGAAGCUGUAAAAAAAAAAGAGGGAUCACUCGGAAAUUAGAAACUAAAACCUGCCGCUCUGAAGGAAUAUUCCUGUUUUUGUACUUCCACACCCGAAAUUGACCAAUUUUAUUAUUAAUAAUAUGUACUGUGGAUCUGAUAUCUGAAACCAUUUUUUUUUUUCACUGUAUUGAGUAAAAUGUCAUUUGAAGCGUGUGUGUAUGUGUGUGCAUGUACCUGAUUUAGACUUUCACACCAACAAAUACACAACUCAAUCAAUGGCCUUAUAAAGAGAUUUUGUUUCUCCAUAAUUAUUUCUUUUCUUUUUUUACUUUCAUGCAAGUCCUUGCUGUUUGGGGUAAAUGUUUGUGCUGUUAGUCAUAUUUUUAAAUGUGUUCCGAAAAUAAACGACAUUGGAGGUAUUUCA